CGGCGUCUUCGUUGCGGCCCCGACGCCUGCGGCCGUUACUUCUGUGGGUGAAUGUCCCGGACAGCUCCCGGCGAGGAUUCUGCCUACUGAGGAUACUCAGGAAUGCUAACCUUUAACCAAGAUAUCUACUCCAGGACUUUGGGUGCCUACUCACCUCACCUUUCGUAGGAUACUGGGAGAGCCACUCACCAAAAGGGUUGAAGCUGAGGAGAGCCCUUUACUGGGAGUGCUGCAUCAAAGUGUGGAAAAGGGGCCCUUUCCAUUACAGUCACCAGGGAUCUUGGUAAAGUUGCAGGUGAUGAUGGAGGCUGGCAGCCUCCCCCUGGAGCUGUGGCGCAUGAUCUUAGGCUACCUGCCCCUUCCUGACCUGGGCCGUUGCAGCCUAGUGUGCAGGGCCUGGUAUGAACUGAUCCUCAGUCUUGAUAGGACUCGCUGGCGGCAGCUGUAUCUGGGCUACACCAAGUGCCGCCACCCCAACUGGCCCAACCAGCCUGAUGUGGAACCUGAGUCUUGGAGGGAGGCCUUCAAGCAGCAUUACCUUGCCUCCAAGAUGUGGACCAAGAAUGCCGCGAUCUUGGAGACCUCUGUGUGCUUUUCUUUAUUUCGCCGGAGGAGGACACGUCGUACCCUGAGUGUCGGGCCAGGCCAUGAGUUUCACAGCCUAGGCAGUGCCCUGGCCAUGUCCAGCCUAUUUGACCGAAUCCUGCUGUUCCCAGGUCUGCAUGAAGAGCAAGGUGAAAUUAUCUUGAAGGUGCCCGUGGAGAUCGUAGGCCACGGGAAGUUGGGCGAAGUGGCCCUGCUAGCCAGCAUUGACCAGCAGUGCUCAACCACACGCCUGUGCAACCUCGUCUUCAUGCCAGCCUGGUUCUCACCCUUCAUGUUUAAGACAACUUCAGGUCACGUCCAGUUUGACAACUGCAACUUUGAGAAUGGACACAUCCAGGUCCAUGGUCCGGGCACCUGCCAAGUGAAGUUUUGCACCUUCAAAAACACCCAUGUUUUUCUGCACAAUGUUCCCCUGUGUGUCCUGGAAAACUGUGAAUUUGUGGGCAGUGAAAACAACUCUGUGACUGUUGAGGGCCACCCAUCCUCAGAAAACAACUGGGCCUACACGCAUCUCUUAGGGCUUAUCAGGUCCUCUCCCAGCGUGCUCCCGACAGAGGACUCUGACUCUUUAAUGUCCUUGGACCUGGAAAGCAGGGACCAGGCCUGGAGCCCAAGAACCUGUGGCAUAGUCAUUGAGGGUAGCCAGAGCCCUACCAGCCCAGCAACUGGCUCCCCCAAGGCUGGCUCACAGGAGGCAGAGGUGGGCAGCGAUGGGGAAAGGGUGGCCCGGACCCCAGACAGCAGCGAUGGAGGCCUGAGUUCCAGCGGUGAGGAUGAGGAUGAGGACCAGCUCACGUACAGACUGUCCUACCAAGUGCAGGGCCCGCGGCCCGUCCUGGGGGGCUCCUUUUUGGGCCCACCACUGCCGGGAGCAUCCAUCCAGCUGCCCAGCUGCCUGGUGCUGAACUCACUACACCAGGAGCUGCAGAAGGACAGGGAGGCCAUGGCGCUGGCCAGCUCUGUGCAGGGCUGCCUCAUCCGCAAGUGCCUGUUCCGGGACGGGAAGGGAGGCGUCUUCGUUUGCUCUUAUGGCCGAGCCAAGAUGGAAGGAAACAUCUUCCGGAACCUGACUUAUGCGGUGCGAUGUAUACAUAACAGCAAGGUGCGAUGUAUACAUAAUAACAAGAUCAUCAUGCUCAGGAACCACAUUCACCACUGCAGAGCAUCAGGCAUCUUUCUUCGCUUGGAGGGCGGAGGCCUGAUCGCUGGCAACAACAUUUAUGACAACGCGGAGGCCGGUGUAGACAUCCGGAAAAAGUCCAACCCUCUCAUUCUGUGUAACCAGAUCCACCACGGCCUUCGCUCUGGCAUUGUUGUCCUUGGCAAUGGGAAAGGCAUCAUCCGGAAUAAUCAAAUCUUUUCAAACAAGGAGGCUGGCAUUUACAUCCUGUACCACGGAAAUCCUGUCGUGAGCCGGAACCACAUUUUCAAGGGCAGUGCAGCAGGCAUAGCUGUGAAUGAGAAUGGCAGAGGCCUCAUCACAGAAAAUGUCAUCCGAGAGAAUCAGUGGGGAGGUGUGGACAUCCGCCGAGGAGGGCUCCCCAUCCUCAGGAGCAACCUCAUCUGCUUUGGCUAUUCCGAUGGUGUUGUUGUCGGGGAUGAAGGCAAAGGCCUGCUAGAAGGAAACACCAUCUACGCUAAUAAGGGCUGUGGUGUGUGGAUGAUGUCGUCCAGCCUGCCCCACGUCACCAGCAACCACGUCAGCUACAAUGGCCUGUAUGGAGUGGCAGUGUUCAGCCAGAAGGAUGGCUCCGGGGAGUCCCCUGGAGGCCACGUGGCCCACGAGAACUUCGGCGAGGACGGGGACGCCACCUGGGAGACGGAGCUGGAGAAGGAUGAUGACCUGCUGCGCCGGCCCAUCACCGCAGCUCUGGUCGAGUCUAACACUGUUAAUCACAAUGGAGCUUCAGGAGUCUAUGUCCAGAGUAGCGAGGUGCUGCACGUCAUCACCAAUGUGAUCCAUGCUAACGGGGACAGAGGCAUCACUGUGGCCCAGAACAGCCAGCUCACCUGUGUGGCCAACAACAGCAUCUCCUGCAAUCACCAGAGUGGGGUCAAGGUCGAGGCCCAGUGCAAAGUGGAGUUCCGAGGCAAUGGUAUCUAUGACAACAGAGGCCAUGGCAUCAUCACCAAGGGUGACAGCACCGUCAUUGAAAACGACAUCAUUGGCAACUGGGGUAGCGGGCUGCAGCUGCUGCCCACGUCCGACACGAAGGUAAUAAAGAACCGGAUCCAUUCGUUCCGGGCCUACGGCAUUGCUGUGCAGGGCCAUGCCAAGGCUCUGCUGCAGGAGAACACCGUCUUCCAGGGCAAGACCAACAGGACCAUCUUUCAGCAGAUCUCAAACAACCAAGAAUGCAUCAUGCAGAACAACAAGUUCUUGGUCUUCAAGAAAAAGUCUGAUACGUGGCGCCUGGCGAACCCACCAGCACGGCCUCACCUUGAAAACUCUCUCCGAGGCCCCUCUGCUGCCCACAGUGGGCAGGAGGUGACAGCUAUGGCAACCAGGAUCACAGCCCAUGUGGAAGGUGGUUACCACAGCAAACGCAGCAUCCUCUGCACCAUCCUGUAAGAAUGGAGAGCCAUGGAGUGGGGCAGUUGGGGGCUGUCCUCAGACUCCGAGAAGGAGGCACAUACCCUGCUCUCAGGCUCGGGCCCUGCCCAGCCAAGCUGAGAGGUUGUGGCCUUUGGGAUGGAAGAAUUAGUGCUUGUGAAGGCUCCUGGUCUCCUAUCACCGCCCUGAAAAACAAGCUCCCAAGUCUUCUGGGGACUAAGAACAAGAGAGAGCUGGAUUCUGUCUUCCUUCCUCCACUGCCCCUGGCCCCCAGUACGAGUACCACACACCUCAGCUGCUCCCACUGCCUCAGAAGAACCUUGAAGAGCUGAGUUUGGGGGACUUUCCUGGUGGCACCGUGGUUAAGAAUACACCUGCCAAUGCAGGGGACACUGGUUCGAUCCCUGGUCUGGGAAGAUCCCACAUGCCGCGGAGCAGCUAAGCCUGUGUGCCACAACUACUGAGCCUGCACUCUAGAGCCCGCGAGCCACAACUACUGAGCCCACGUGCUGCAACUACAGAAGCCCGCACACUCUAGAGCCCGCAUGCCACAACUACUGAGCCUGUGUGCUGCAACUACUGAAGCCUGCACACCUAGAGCCUGUGCUCCGCAACAAGAGAAGCCACCGCAAUGAGAAGUCCACGCACUGCAAUGAAGAGCAGGCCCCUCUCGCUGCAGCUAGAGAAAGCCUGCACACAGCAACGAAGACCCAACGCAGCCAAAAAAUAAAUUUAAAAAAUAAU